GCACGUAUCAACGCCACUCCGAAGGAUAAAAACAAAACAGCUGUAAUUUUCACUUCUUUACCAAAUAUCUACUGGUCGAUUUUUGUGCGUCACGAUGGGUAAUAAGUCAUCGCUACUGCUGCGCGAGGAAGAAAUAGCACAAAUUCACGAGGAGACCGGAUUCACACCAAACCAAAUUGAACGUCUCUACUCCCGUUUCACGUCGCUGGACCGUAAUGACUGUGGAACACUAUCGCGUGAAGAUUUUCUGCGCAUUCCGGAGCUUGCCAUUAAUCCCCUAUGCGAAAGAAUUGUCCAUUCGUUCUUUGCCGAUAGCAGCGACGACCGGGUUAAUUUCCGCCAGUUCACUCGCGUCCUCGCACAUUUCCGCCCAAUCAAACCGAACAAGGAGAACAAGCUGAACAGUCGCGAGGCCAAGCUACGAUUUGCAUUCAGGAUGUACGAUCUGGACGACGAUGAAACGAUCUCGCGCGACGAGCUGCUGAACAUUUUGCAAAUGAUGGUGGGUGCGAACAUUAGCCAGGAUCAGCUAAACAGCAUCGCAGAGCGUACGAUUGUGGAAGCGGACACAGUCGGUGGUGGCAAGAUUUCGUUCGACGACUUUUGCCGAGCGUUAGAGCGCACCGAGGUCGAACAGAAGAUGUCUAUUCGCUUCCUUAACUAAGGGUAAAGAGCGAGAAUCCUUUUGGGGUGUAUUUUUGUUUUUGAUCAACAAUUUGUUUAUUCCAAACCAACAGUUAGGAACGGAUGCACACAAAAUUUGGUGCUACUUUCCACGAUCCUCGUGUAGAUACUAAUUAGUUAGAGAAUCAUUUCUCAAGGCGCACAACUUAUCUAUUCUAUUGGUGGAUAACACUAUCAACAUCGUUCUAAUUUGAAUGCUGGGAAUGCAUCUAUUGCUGUAAAUAGGUAGUAAGAAUGGUUAAUAAAAGA